UCAGCCAUUCAGGAUGAUGAAAGACGGUCAGCGGAGGAGAUGGAUGAGAGGCGGCGGCAGAACAUUGCCUAUGAGUACCUGUGUCACCUAGAAGAGGCCAAACGGUGGAUGGAGGCCUGCCUGGAAGAAGAACUGCCCACUACUACAGAACUGGAGGAGGGACUGAGGAAUGGUGUCUAUCUUGGCAAACUUGCCAACUUCUUUGCACCCACAAUGGUUUCAUUAAAAAGGAUCUAUGACAGAGAUCAAGCUCGGUACAAAGCGAACGGACUGCACUUUAGGCACACUGACAACACAGUUCAGUGGCUCAGGGCCAUGGGGUCAGUGGGUCUCCCAAAGAUAUUUUACCCAGAAACAACAGAUGUGUAUGAUCGUAAAAAUAUGCCCAAAGUAGUAUACUGCAUACAUGCACUCAGCUUGUACUUGUACAAACUCGGCAUUGCACCACAAAUCCAAGAUCUAUUGGGGAAGGUGGCUUUUACAGACGAAGAGAUAAGUAACAUGAGGAGUGAGCUGGACAAAUAUGGUAUUCAAAUGCCAGCUUUCAGUAAGAUUGGAGGAAUCCUGGCCAAUGAGCUAUCAGUGGAUGAAGCAUCAUUACACGCUGCUGUUUUUGCCAUCAAUGAGGCAGUUGACAGGGGUCAGGAAUCUGUAACGAUGGCAGCCCUCAGGAAUCCAAACGCGAUGCUGAGAAACACCCAAGAAGCUUUGGCGCAAGACUAUCAGGACAUGUUGACCCAGGCCAAGACCCGAAAACAAGCUCAGUCCUCAAGCAGUUUUUCCUCCAUGUGUACUGAGGAAAGAGAUGUUUAUGAGGAGCUGUUGACACAGCAGGAGAUCCAGAGUUGCAUAGACUUUGCAAACAAACUUGAGGCAAUUUCAGCAAUCAACACGGCUAUUCGUCUCGGUGACGCAGUGGUGACCUUGGAUGAGCUCAGUGACCCCGAAGCUCAACUGCCAAUUGUUUACCCAACAGCUGCCAAUCUGUAUCAGAAUGAGCUCUUUAGUUUGCAACUACAAGGAGGGAGGUCUGGCCUGAACCACGAGGACUUGUGUGUGGCUGUAGAAAUGCUGUCAGCAGUAGCUGUCCUCAACGAGGUUCUGGACACCAAGGAUCCACAGGCUGUGAUCGAGCAACUAACCGAUUCACUUCUUGGUUUUACAAAUAUGGACCAAGAUAACCUUAACAGGUAUGUUAACUCCCUAAUCCAAGAACGGGAGGAGUCUCUUGCAAAAGGCCAAGAAUUUCUCACUUGGAAUGAUGUUCAAAAGUGCAUUGAUGUCAUCAACAUUCAGGUCCUUGAAGAGCAUGAACGAAUCAUAGCAAUAGCUGAGAUUAACGAGGCAUUGAACUCUGGUGAACAUCAGCAGACACUUGCAGCCCUGCUCCUCCCCACUGCCAAGUUGACAGGGGUGAACCCAGUCACAUCCAAACACUACCAUGAGGUCUUACAAUAUACUAAACAACUACUCUGCCAGACCUCUGGAGACGAGUCUGCUUUACUGUGGCUGGACCAAAUUCAAGACGCUAUACAUGCAGCCAACCAAAAUGCAGAAGAUGCUAUCACAAUGGCAGAAGCUGUAGCUGACAUAAACGAUUUGGUAGUACAGGGUGACUCCAAGAAUACUUUGCAGGCUCUGCAAUUACCAAAUGCAGGUCUGAAACUUGUACUUGCUGAAUGUGCUGACAUGUACCAGGCUGAACUUGCAGAAGCACAAAGACAGAUGGCACCUCAAGGUAGCCCUGAGAGUGUGUGGGUGAAACACUGCAUAAAGGAAAGAUAUGACUACUACUAUAAUCUGGACACAGGAGACGGUAUCUGGGAGGAGCCUGAAAGCUUUAGAAACAAUAGUCGGCAUCUCAAUAAAGAGGAAAUUCAGAAUGCAAUCAGUUGUGUGACUGCACAAUAUAAUCGGGAACAGUUGUGGUUGGCCAAUGAGUUCUUGGUGACAUUGCUGCAGGCGAGGAUCCGAGGUUUUCUGGUGAGGCAAAGGCACACUCAGAGAAUGGAGUACCUGCGUCAGCAAGAACCCCAUGUCAUCAGGCUGCAGGCCUUUUGGAAGGGUUACAAGCAAAGAAAAAUAUACAACGACAGGAUAAAAGUGCUUCAUGAAAACGUUAGCUCAGUUGUCAAGAUUCAGUCUUUUGUUAGAAUGUGGAGGGCCAGACGUAAUUACAAAGAACGUUUGAAAUACUUCAAAGAUCAUGAGAAGGACAUUGUGACGAUCCAGGCUUUUGUGAAGGGCCAUAAAGCAAGAAAAAAUUAUAGAACUCUAACUGGCGCCAAGGAUCCUCCCCUAUCAGUAGUGCGCAAGUUUGUCCACUUGCUAGAACAGAGCGCUUUGGAUCUGCAGGAAGAGCAGGAAGUGACGCGGCUCAAGGAAGAAGUCGUCACGAAAAUACGCUCAAAUCAGCAGAUGGAGCAAGAUUUGAAUGUGAUGGAUAUCAAGAUUGGGUUGCUGGUCAAGAACAGGAUAACACUGCAGGAUGUUGUCUCCCAUAAUAGGACAAUGAAGAACAUGAAAAAUGAAUCGAAUAACGAUGACCUGGCCAAUGUUGACAAAUUAGGAAUAAAGGGAUUAAAUAAAGGAAAACGGAAAAAACUGGAAGCCUACCAACAUCUUUUUUAUCUACUGCAGACUAACCCAACCUACUUGGCCAAGCUCAUCUUCCAAAUGCCCCAAAACAAGUCUACAAAGUUUAUGGACACUGUGAUCUUCACUUUGUACAACUAUGCCUCCAACCAGCGAGAGGAAUAUCAAUUGCUCAAACUGUUCAAAACAGCUUUAGAUGAAGAAAUCAGGUCUAAGGUUGACCAAAUUCAAGAUAUAGUGACAGGCAAUCCCACAGUCAUCAAGAUGGUGGUGAGCUUCAACCGAGGAGCGCGAGGCCACAAUACUUUACGACAAUUGCUGUCUCCGGUCGUCAAAGACAUCAUUGAGGACAAAAAUCUUGGUAUCAACACCAACCCUGUCGAUGUUUACAAAGCCUGGGUCAACCAGCUAGAGACGGCCACUGGAGAAGUUAGCAAUUUGCCCUACGAAGUGACUCCAGAGCAGGCCAUGUCACAUGAAGAAGUACGCAACAGGCUGGAAGCAUCCAGUAUUGCGCUUCGCUCUGCAACAGAUAAAGUCCUUAACUCCAUUGUGUCCUCCCUGGAUGAUAUUCCUUAUGGCAUGAGAUACGUAGCGAAGGCUCUGAAAAACUGCCUCCAUGAAAAGUUUCCAGAUGCAUCAGAAGAUGAACUAUUUAAGGUUGUAGGAAACUUGCUGUACUACCGCUACAUGAAUCCUGCCAUUGUAGCGCCUGAUGGAUUUGACAUUAUUGAUCUAUCAGCUGGAGGGCAACUCCACGUGGAUCAGCGUCGCAACCUGGGAUCUGUAGCAAAGAUGCUACAGCACGCUGCUGCUAACAAGUUGUUUGAGGGCGAGAACGCACACAUGACGCCGUUGAACGACUUCAUAUCCCAGACAUAUGAAAAGUUUCGGGUGUUUUUCCAGUCUGCCUGUGACGUCCCUGAACCCGAGGAGAAAUUUAAUAUUGAUGAAUACUCAGAUCUGGUAACACUGAGCAAGCCCAUCAUCUACAUUUCUAUUGAAGAGAUAAUCAAUACGCACUCGCUGCUUUUGGAACAUCUGGACGCCAUCUCGCCAGACCCGAACGACCUGUUGCACGAGCUCCUGCAGGACCUGGGAGAUGUCCCUGAUGUUGAGACGCUACUUGGUGAAGGGGUCGUUCAUAGCAGUGAUACAAACAAGGAACUAGUUCUCAAUCAGCAGGCCAAGACUGAGAUCUCCCUCAUCCUCACUAGCAAGUUUGAGCUGCUCGAGGGGGAUGACAAAAACUUGAAGACUCUCACGACCAAGACAAAGAAACUUGUUGUAGAUGUGAUUCGAAUUCAACCUGGAGAAACGUUGCUUGAAAUUUUAGACACCCCAGCCACAGAGCCUCAGGAGACGGAACAUGCCAAGAUAGCAAUGCGACGGGCAGUGCAGGAUGCUCAGACCCCAGAUGAUCUAAAAAGCAGCCCUGCCAUACUGGAGGACAGUCAGCUCCCUCUGGAGCAGAAGAAGAGGAAGAUCCUGAGGAAUCUUCGGAACUUGGAGCAGGCUAAUCUUGUAUCUCCCACAAACAAAUACCAGGAUAUCAUCACUGACAUUGCUAAGGAUAUUCGCUACCAAAGACGCUACAGACAAAUGAGGAAAGCCGAGCUGGUGAAACUCCAGCACACGCUUUCGGCACUCAAUUCGAAAACAGCCUUCUACAGGGAACAAAUGGACUAUUACGACACUUACAUAAAGACAUGCCUAGACAACCUCAAUCGCAAGAAUUCACGCAGGUCAAUCAAAAUGGAAAACAAAGGAGACUUGAAGGGCAGCAAAAAGUCAAAAUCUUUGAAGUACACCGGAGCGAGGUUACACGAGAAAGGAGUCAUUCUGGAGAUUGAAGGACUUCAGACAAAUCAAUUCAAAAAUGUCAUGUUUGAAAUUUCACCAUCUGAGGAAGUAGGGGAUUUCGAGGUAAAAGCUAAGUUUAUGGGGGUCGAGAUGGAAAAAGUUCAGCUUCAUUUCCAGGAUCUUUUGCAGCUCCAAUAUGACGGCGUGGCUGUCAUGAAGAUGUUCGACAAAGCUAAAGUGAAUGUGAACUUGCUCAUCUUCUUCCUAAAUAAAAAAUUCUAUGGAAAAUGA